AGGAUACAGCGGUUUCAACGCGACUUAUAAGAGCUCCUUGUGCGGCGCCAUUUUAAGUCUCUCGGUCUGUGGCAGCCGCGUUACCCCGGCCCCGGGAGCGGAGAGUGAGGGGAGGCGGAGACGGAGGAAGGUCCGAGGAGCAGCUCCAGUCCCCGCCAAGCCGCCACCGCAGGGCGAGGACGGUCGGACUCCCGCGGCGGGAGGAGCCUGUUCCCCUGAGGGUAUCUGAAGUUUACUGUACGAAGAUUUUGAAAAUCCUGUGUGGACAAUGGCUACCCAAGCUGAUUUGAUGGAGCUGGAUAUGGCCAUGGAGCCAGACAGAAAAGCAGCUGUUAGUCACUGGCAGCAACAGUCUUACCUGGACUCUGGAAUUCAUUCUGGUGCCACUACCACAGCGCCUUCUCUGAGUGGUAAAGGCAAUCCUGAGGAAGAGGAUGUGGAUACCACCCAGGUUCUGUACGAGUGGGAACAGGGAUUUUCUCAGUCCUUUACUCAAGAACAAGUAGCUGAUAUUGAUGGACAAUACGCAAUGACUCGAGCUCAGAGGGUACGAGCUGCUAUGUUCCCUGAGACAUUAGAUGAGGGCAUGCAGAUCCCAUCAACACAGUUUGAUGCUGCUCAUCCCACUAAUGUCCAGCGUCUGGCUGAACCAUCACAGAUGCUGAAACAUGCAGUUGUAAAUUUGAUCAACUAUCAAGAUGAUGCAGAACUUGCCACACGGGCAAUUCCUGAGCUGACAAAACUGCUAAACGAUGAGGACCAGGUGGUGGUUAAUAAGGCUGCGGUUAUGGUCCAUCAGCUUUCUAAAAAGGAAGCUUCCAGACACGCCAUCAUGCGUUCUCCUCAAAUGGUAUCUGCUAUUGUACGCACCAUGCAGAAUACAAAUGAUGUGGAAACAGCUCGCUGUACUGCUGGGACCUUGCACAACCUUUCCCAUCAUCGUGAGGGCUUACUGGCCAUUUUUAAGUCUGGAGGCAUUCCUGCCCUGGUGAAGAUGCUUGGUUCACCAGUGGAUUCUGUGUUAUUUUAUGCCAUUACAACUCUGCACAACCUUUUAUUACAUCAAGAAGGGGCUAAAAUGGCAGUGCGUUUAGCUGGUGGGCUGCAAAAAAUGGUCGCAUUGCUCAACAAAACAAAUGUUAAAUUCUUGGCUAUUACAACAGACUGCCUUCAGAUCUUAGCUUACGGCAAUCAAGAAAGCAAGCUGAUCAUUCUGGCGAGUGGUGGACCUCAAGCUUUAGUAAAUAUAAUGAGAACCUAUACUUAUGAGAAACUACUGUGGACCACAAGCAGAGUGCUGAAAGUGCUAUCUGUCUGCUCUAGUAAUAAGCCAGCUAUUGUAGAAGCUGGGGGAAUGCAAGCUUUAGGACUACACCUAACAGAUCCAAGUCAACGUCUUGUUCAGAACUGUCUUUGGACUCUUAGGAAUCUUUCAGAUGCUGCAACUAAACAGGAAGGAAUGGAAGGUCUACUUGGGACCCUUGUUCAGCUUCUGGGCUCAGAUGAUAUAAAUGUGGUCACCUGUGCAGCUGGAAUUCUUUCUAAUCUCACUUGCAAUAAUUACAAGAACAAGAUGAUGGUGUGCCAAGUGGGUGGAAUAGAAGCUCUUGUGCGUACUGUCCUUCGUGCUGGUGACAGAGAGGAUAUUACUGAACCUGCCAUCUGUGCUCUUCGUCAUCUGACCAGCCGACACCAGGAAGCAGAAAUGGCCCAGAAUGCUGUUCGCCUUCACUAUGGACUUCCAGUUGUGGUUAAACUCUUACACCCACCAUCCCAUUGGCCCCUGAUAAAGGCUACCGUUGGUUUGAUUCGAAAUCUUGCCCUUUGUCCUGCAAAUCAUGCACCUUUACGGGAGCAGGGUGCCAUACCACGACUAGUUCAGUUGCUGGUUCGUGCUCACCAGGAUACCCAGCGCCGUACAUCUAUGGGUGGAACACAGCAGCAAUUUGUGGAGGGAGUCCGCAUGGAAGAAAUAGUUGAAGGCUGCACUGGCGCCCUUCACAUCCUAGCUCGGGACGUUCACAACCGAAUUGUAAUCAGAGGACUAAACACCAUUCCAUUGUUUGUGCAGCUGCUUUAUUCUCCCAUUGAAAAUAUCCAAAGAGUAGCUGCCGGGGUCCUCUGUGAACUUGCUCAGGACAAGGAGGCUGCAGAAGCUAUUGAAGCUGAAGGAGCCACAGCUCCUCUGACAGAAUUACUUCACUCUAGGAAUGAAGGUGUGGCAACAUAUGCAGCUGCUGUCUUGUUCCGAAUGUCUGAGGACAAGCCCCAGGAUUACAAGAAAAGGCUUUCAGUUGAACUGACCAGUUCUCUCUUCAGAACAGAGCCAAUGGCUUGGAAUGAGCCUGCUGAUCUUGGACUUGAUAUUGGUGCCCAGGGAGAACCGCUUGGAUAUCGCCAGGAUGAUCCCAGCUAUCGUUCUUUUCACUCUGGUGGAUACGGCCAGGAUGCCUUGGGUAUGGACCCCAUGAUGGAGCAUGAGAUGGGUGGCCACCACCCUGGUGCUGACUAUCCAGUUGAUGGGCUGCCAGAUCUAGGGCAUGCCCAGGACCUCAUGGAUGGGCUGCCUCCAGGUGACAGCAAUCAGCUGGCCUGGUUUGAUACUGACCUGUAAAUCAUCCUUUAGGUAAGAAGUUACAAAAGCCAGUUUGGGUAAAAUACUUUUACUCUGCCUACAGAACUUCAGAAAGACCUGGUUGGGUAGGGUGGGAGUGAUUUAGGCCUAUCUGUAAAUCUGCCACAAAAACAGAUACUUUGAAAGGAGAUGUCUUGGAACAUUUGAAUGUUCUCAGAUUUCUGGUUGUUAUGUGGUCAUGUGUGGAAGUUAUUGACUUUAAUGUUUUUGCCACAGCUUUGCAACUUAAUACUCAAAUGAGUAACAUUUGCUGUUUUAAACAUUAAUAGCAGCCUUUCUCUCUUUAUACAGCUGUAUUGUCUGAACUUGCAUUGUGAAUUGGCCUGUAGAGUUGCUGAGAGGGCUCAAGGGGUGGGCUGGUAUCUCAGAAAGUGCCUGACACACUAACCAAGCUGAGUUUCCUAUGGGAACAAUUGAAGUAAAACUUUUUGUUCUGGUCCUUUUUGGUCGAGGAGUAACAAUACAAAUGGAUUUUGGGAGUGACCCAAGAAGUGAAGAAUACACAAGAAUGGAUCACAAGAUGGAAUUUAUCAAACUCUAGCCUUGCUUGUUAAAUUUUUUUUUUAAUAUCUGUAAUGGUACUGACUUUGCUUGCUUUGAAAAGUAGCUCUUUUAAUUUUUUUUUUUGCAGUAAACUUAGUUUUUUAAGUCUCUCGUAGUGUUAAGUUAUAGUGAAUACUGCUACAGCAAUUUCUAAUUUUUAAGAAUUGAGUAAUGGUGUAGAACACUAAUUCAUAAUCACUCUAAUUGUAAUCUGAAUAAAGUGUAACAUUGUGUAGCCUUUUUUUGUAUAAAAUAGACAAAUAGAAAUGGUCCAAUUAGUUUCCUUUUUAAUAUGCUUAAAAUAAGCAGGUGGAUCUAUUUCAUGUUUUUGAUCAAAAACUUUAUUUGGGAUAUAUGUAUGGGGUAGGGUAAAUCAGUAAGAGGUGUUAUUUGGAACCUUGUUUUGGACAGUUUACCAGUUGCCUUUUAUCCCAAAGUUGUUGUAACCUGCUGUGAUAAAAUGCUUCAAGAGAAAAUACGGUUAUAAAAAUGGCUCAGAAUUAAACUUUUAAUUCAUUCA